AUGAUUCAACACAAAGAGAGCGGAAACAACUUGUCAUCCAUAUCAGAGGGAAAUCAAACAGCAGAAACCGGUACCUCCACACAUUCCCAAAAUACUACCUGGGUAAAGGUACAAAGUUCAAUUACCUCUAUUGCUGUUACAUUGCAAGACAAGCGAAGUAGAACAACAUGGAAAUAUUUCUUGUUGAUUAUAUGCAUGCACAUCUACACCAUGUGGAACUCUAUAUUUAUACCCACCCUUGGAAACUAUCAUUGGGGCGAGUACGGAGCAUGGGUAUUUAAAGCAGUCAAUUAUCCUUACACAUUCUCUCUUGACCUGAUUUCCUACAAUGCCAUGAUAGGAUUGGCUGUUGCAAGCCUUGUUUUCCUUUUGAUCUAUUUCAUCAUUCUUUUUUUUGCAUACCGAAUGGUCAGCAAUACAAGCAAGUACUCGGUCAAGGCCAAGAUGAUAGUAUUGGUAUUAAGUUAUGGUAUGAUAUUCGGUAGUAACACUCUUGCUUUCAUUCUUUCAAGCUUUAUUGAUUGCAAUACCAACUCGUACAUAUCUUUGGAUGGAUAUGACCAGGCCGUGCAGGCACUUGCAAGGUUUCCUAAGGAAGCUUGUUAUUCAUCACUCAAUAUUGGACUUAUUGUUGCAUGUUUCUUCGGGAUCAUCAUGCUCACUAUGACCACUUUCAUUGCUCACUCAACCAUUGCGAAUUUGCAUCCUCAUAAUAUGGCUCCUUUUAGAAUGGAAUCGUCAUUUACCUUCUCACUUCUCCUCUCGUUUAAUGCUCUAGAAAUCAUGCUCACUUUUGUGGUUCCUCAAUCUGUUGUAUAUAUUCGAGCUGUGAUACAUAUUGUUUUCUCAGUGGUGUGGUUGGUUGUCCUUUAUUUUCAAACUCCAUUCUUUAGGAGAGCGGAAAAUUCGAUUUACUUUGCGUUUGGAAGCGCCAAACUAGGUGCUGCCAUUGGUUCAUUAAUUUCGAGUGUCUCUAACCCCUCAUAUAUGUGGGAUUUAGGGUUGGGAAUGAUAAUCCUGACAAUUGGCCUAAUUCUCAUCUUUUUUAUGUUGGGUUUUAUUGCCAUGGAAUUGUACUCUCGAUUGGUGUUGAAGAGAGUAGAGUCAUUGAUGGAAAGGAUUGUCAUGGAGAAGCAAGGAGUCAAGGAAAGCGGCUCAGUCUUCUCAGAGAGAGCAGUUGAAAAAGAUGCUCUGACCAUAUAUGUAGAGCUUGAAGAACAUGGCUUGUUGCGCUACUUGGCCAUGUAUUUGAGAUUUUCCAUAGGUGAAAUUUCUUUGAAAAAUAGUAUUGUGCCUGAAACCUUGCCAAAUAGCAAGGCACUAUCAUUUGUGAAAGGAGUUGCAAACCAAAAAGCGUUUUCCAACAGCUCAUUACUGAUAUGCGCUGCUCUGAUUAUUGCUUAUGGAUGGAAUGAUGAGAAUUCAUUUAUAUUUUCAAUAAGUCUUUUGAGAAAGGCAGUUCGUCAUGCAGACCUAUUGGAGAAAAUUGUUAUAAGAGAGAGAGAAACAGAAAUUGAGGUGGACGCAGCAGAUGCCAAAAAUGUCGUGGAAAUUAAACACACCUUAGAGAACACAACUAAGUGGCAAGACGAGUUAAAAUCACUACAUCGAUUGUUUUGGAAGGAGUUGAUGAAUGAAAUACCAAACAUGGAGAAAAUCGACCAAAUGAACAGGAGAAUCUCGUACCUGACAUCCAAAUGCGAAUCUGCCUUCACAAAUUUGAUGGCGAUUGCGUCAAAAGAUAAGACUGUUCUGAGAGCCCAUGCUCUAUUUCUAGAACAUUUUUUGUUUGAAAAGGAUUACGCACAAGAACUGCUCGCUGAAGCAUUGGCUAUUGAAGAAGAUGAAAAUACGAAACGCUCAAAACAAAGAUAUCCAUACAAAAGGGUUAUUACUAAGGGAAUGCUUUCAAAGAGUAUCACUCAACCCUAUGAAGAGGCACGAAUGUCUGUAGAAUCAAAACUUGAUUUGGUGGAGUUAGAGAAGGAAGAAUCGUUUAGUGGAGUUGAAGGAAAGGGAGAAUCCAAGAAAGAAACUAUUUUCAAAUAUGCGCUUCGUGUUCCUCCUCCACACCGAUUCCAAUUAUUCCUCACCAUUUCAUCAAUAGCCCUCUCAUUCAUUGCCCUAAUCCUCUGCUCAGUAUUUUCACUUAUGGUGUCCUCUUAUAUUGCGGAAAAGCCUCAAAAAGAGUAUGAUAUUUGUCGAUCUUCCAUGGCAACAGCUGGCCUUUUUAGAAGUGUAAGAUUAAUUCAGAAUGUGAUGGAAAUGUUCUCCGGAAAGUACAACAUUACAAAUGAAGUGAAGGAGCUCUAUCGAGAAUUCGCAAUGCAUCGUUACAUAAGAAUGAACGGAUAUGUCGACAACCUAAAGGUAAUACCAAAGUACGCUCAGUCGUCGGUCUUCAGUUCAGGCAUGUUUGAAUUUUACAUCGCACCAAAUAUUUCAGUAAUGAUUCCUUUCAUCGCUGAAAAUUCCAAAGAUCAAUCCUACCUGUCCUACUACUUGAGAAAUUCCUCUAUGGAAGAAAUUAACAAUCUUGUGAUUAGAUAUUUCGACAAGAUUACAAACAAAUGGACUGUAGCAGAUUUCAAUGCUCCUCUGUAUGACUAUGAGUUUUCCUAUCUCUGGAUGAACAAGAUUCCACUUGGCGGAUUCUAUACCACUUUCUGUGAGUCACUGGUAUCGAAUAACAAUAUCGAUGCAAGUCAGUUGGUGAAAACACAAAUGAUCUCAUGUUUGGCAGUGUGUAUUGGAUACGGUGUUUUUGCUUUGAUUUUUGUUCUACUUUCCAGGAUGGAAUUAACAUCCACAAAGAGGAUUAUUAAAAUUUAUGAAGAUAACCUUUCAAAGAACGUUAUUGGAAGAGUUUACCAUGAGUUGGGUUCUAAAGAUGACGACUCUGUUCAUCAAGUAUCCAAAAAUAUUAUGACAAUUCCCAAGAACUUUAUUCCCGUGCUGCUGUUACUCAGUAUUAUUCUCGUGUGGAUUUGUGGGGGAUUAAUGUACAUGGAAACAAACUUGAAUUUUGAUAAUGCGAAAGUAACUGGACAAACAAUUACUGCUGGAUCAUUUGUGUUGAGAUAUGUACACCGAAUCGCCUACAGAGUGGGAGAAUAUUUCACAUUUUACAGCAUUCCACCAGGUGUACCUGUAAACAAUCCUUUACUUACCACUAACGCAGAGUUGUUGGCUUACAGGCUUCAAGUAAGAUCCUAUGUGACAGAAAUCAACAACAAGUUUAACAAUUUGGUGUAUGGAGAAUACAAGACAAUAGGAAGAUAUGAAAAAAUAGAUGACUUGCUGAAAGGAGUUGCCAACUGCACUCUACCCUCCAAUGCCACCUUCUUGGAACAGUUUACAAGCUGUUUCGGAUUGGAAACAAUGAUUUCGAUGUUCUCUAGUCAAACUUCAAUGCUGAAUGAUAAGCUAUUCAACAAGGAAUAUCAAAACAAAACAACUGAAGCUUUCAAAGAAUAUUUUUUGCUUUCCUUGAUGGGAGAUGCACUGUCUGAUUCAAUUAACUAUUUCAUGAAUACGUUCGCAAAAGAAGCCUCCACUCCAAAACUAGAAAUUGGAAUUGUGUUUACUAUUAUCGGAUUGAUAGGCCUUUGUGUGUUGAAUUACAAUUUUUAUAAUUCCAUAACAAACCAUUACAAGCAUGUUCAAAGUUUACGAAUGAUGCUCAAUUACAUUCCCCUUAAUAAUUUAGAUUCGAAUGAGACUCUUCGUAACUUUAUUUUGCACAACCAAAUUCCAAACAAAUUGACGGCAUUCUUACAGAAACAAAGCAAGAAAGACCUUUCUCACAGUGACACAUCAGGUAUUAGAGCUUUGCUUAAUGCCUCUGUAGAUGGAGCAAUUUUGUGUAAUGCUAGUGGAUUGAUAGAUUUAAUCAACCCAGCCGCACAAAGAAUGUUUGGAUACAAACAAUCAGAUAUUGUGGGAAUGCAAAUUUUCACAAUUUUCCAAAAAGGAGACCGAGAAACUAUUGAAAAAACAAUUAGCGAACUUAAAUUGAAUACAAGAAACAGUCAUGAUGCUACCUCCGGGGACAGUCUUGAAUUAGAGUGUGUACGAAAGAAUCAGUCGACAUUUCCUGCUACCAUUAAUAUGUUUACCGCUAAUCUUGGUGGUGCUCAAGUUCUUGCAUGUGUCAUCAAGGACAUCACUCAAGAAAAGAAACACAACGCUUUGUUGGCAGAAGAAAAAUCAAAAUCCGAACAUUUACUAAGAAAUAUUUUACCAGAGGCGGUUGCCGCGAAGUUGAAAUCAGGGGAGACCUUUAUUGCAGAGAAAUUUAAUGACAUUACGUGCUUUUUCAGUGACAUGGUAAACUUUACCAAUAUGUCAUCUUCUCUAAAUCCUUCUGAGCUAGUGAUGAUGCUGAACACGGUCGUGAAUGGAUUUGACGCAUUGACUGACAAGUAUAACUUGGAAAAGAUUAAAACAAUAGGAGAUGCCUACUUUUGUGUUGGAGGACUACAUUUGCAAUCGACUUCUGAUCAUCCUGAGCGUUGUUUACGAUUUUCUAUUGAAGCUCUCACGGUAGUUCAUGAUUACAAUCGAGGGAAUAGUGAUCAACAAAUUAACAUUAGAAUUGGACUCAAUACAGGUGGUGCAGUUGCAGGUGUGAUUGGAACGAAAAAGUUUGCUUAUGAUUUGUGGGGAGAUACGAUCAAUGUUGCAUCAAGAAUGGAGUCAACGUCAUUGCCAGGAAGAAUACACUUGAGUAGAUCUACCUAUGAAAGAGUUCAUGAUUUGGAGUUUGAUUUUGAGGAACGAAGUGUGGAAGUGAAAGGUAAAGGAAAGUGUCAAACCUAUCUAUUGAAGGCCCACCACCAUGUCAACCCCUUAUACAAUGCUCUCGAGGAGCUAACAAAUAAUUUCCAAAACAACAACACAGUUCCAUCCGAUCAUGAAUAA